UGGAUAAAACGAGGCCUUGCUGCAGUUGACCUCUGUUUACAUUUUAAAGGACACCGUGCCUUCCGAAAUGAGAGGAGGCCAACUGAGUUUGACAAAAAGAUCCUGCUCUGGACCAAACGGUUUCAAAAAGAAGAGGACAUCCCUCCGCUUUUGUCAGUGGAAGUGCUGAAGGCGGCUCACAGCCAGUUGCGGAUCUGGGUUUGCUACUUCAUGAUCGCCCUGACUCUGCUGGGAUGCGUGGCCAUGGUCGUCUCCGGCAAAAGGGCCGCGAAAAGAGACGACACCUUGUUAAAGAGGAACGCAGAGAAGAAGGCGAAGUGGAGAAUGGAAAGAGAGAAAGAACAAGAAGCGGUGGCAGAAAUAAAUGAAUGAGCAAAAAGCCAAGAGAAACCCAGCCAGGAAAGAUGGACGGUCCCCCUUAAGAAUUGACAAAGCUUUGCUUUUGUGACUUUUGCAUUGCAAGUUUUGACCUUGUGUAUAUUGGACAGCUGUGCUUGAUUCUAGCCUAUUUGGGAUUUUGUCUAAUGUUUUAUAGUUAUUAUUUCAAUUGAAAUUGUAUUGCAGUGGACCCUUGUUAUCCGCUGGGUUUGGUUCCAGGAUCCCUGCAAGGAUAACAAAAUCCGUGGAUGCUCAAGUCUCAUUGAAUGUAAUGGGAGAGUGUCCCUGAUAUAAAAUGGGAAAUCAAGGUUUGCUCUUUGGAAUUUAUGUUUCUUUUGAAUAUUUUCAAGCCGUGGAUGUUUGAAUCCGUGGAUAAAAAAAUCAGUGGAUAAGGACGGACGGCUGUAAUUUGCAAUGAUUGAUUCUCAAAUGUACACCUCCUGC